CAAAUCUUUCAUACUUUUAGCUACACUAUUGAUUCUGCAACCAACAUAAUGGGGAUCAAAGUGUACGGUUCCAUGGUUUCCACUGCAACUCUCCGUGUACUGCUUUGCCUAGCCGAGAAGGAUCUCGAGUUUGAGCUCAUUAACGUCGAUCUGGCAUCUGGUGAACACAAAAGACCUCACAUACUUGCACGCAAUCCAUUCGGCCAGAUCCCCGCGUUUGAGGACGAUGAUAUCAAACUCUUCGAAUCAAGGGCGAUUUCACAAUACAUAUCACGCACACACGUCGGUAAGGGGGUGGAUCUUAUAAGCAACGAUCCGAAAAAGGCCGCACUGGAGUCAGUGUGGAUGGAAGUGGAGUCUCAGAAACUUGAACCAGCGGCUAUGAAAUUAAUCUGGCAGCUGUGUAUGAAGCCGCUUUUAUUUGGACAGAACAGUGAUGAUGCCGUAGUGAGUGUGGAGAAGAAGAAGCUGGAAAGCGUGCUCGACGUGUACGAAGCACGGUUGUCGGAGAGCAAAUAUUUGGGCGGAGAUAGCUUCUCGUUAGCUGAUAUGCACACUGUUCCGACAAUUAAGUUCCUGAUGGACACGCAGAUGAAGCAGGUGUUUGACGCGCGGCCGUGUGUGAGGGCGUGGGUUACGGAUAUUAUGUCCAGACCUGCUUGUGUUAAGGUUUUUGGGGUGCCUGAGUGUUAAACAUUAGGUUUGAUUUAGUAGUUGUGUGAGUUGUUCGCCGUUGUGGUUGUGCCUUUAGGUAAUUUGGUGUUUGAUGUUGAGCAGCGAUCACUGUCCAAGAUGUAUCAAUAAUAUUAUCUUUUGAUAA